AGCAUAUUCUCCACCAUCCUCCGAGAAGAACAAUUCCUUAGCCAAGUACCUCAUAAACAAUUCACUUAUGUCGGGUACAACAGAAUGGAAUGGUACCACUCAGAGUAGUGUGUAUAUGCCUGAUAUGUCGUACAUGCAGACCGGUGCAUAUUCGUCGUCUGCUGGCGCGAGAGAUCGUUCCCGGUCUCCCAGACGUCGCGAUGCGGGUGAUCGCGGGGAUAGAGAUCGCGAUUUUUUAAGAAGAAGAGACGAAAACCCUGCAGAUAGCAAGUAUCCCGAGAAGGAUCCAGAGUUGCUGCUUGGAAAACAACACACUCAACAAGACCGACGUGUUUACGUCGGAAACUUGCCCUAUCAAAUUCGUUGGAAUGAAUUGAAGGACUUUAUGCGUCAAGCUGGCCAUGUUUUGUACGCAGAAAUUCUAGAGUUGCCAAACGGAUUAUCAAAAGGCUGUGGAAUUGUCGAGUAUUCUACUCGUGAUGAAGCCAGAAGAGCAGUCGCAAUGCUCAGUAAUCAAAAAUUGAUGGGUCGUCUAAUUUACGUUCGAGAGGAUCGUGAACAGGAACCCAAGUUUAGUGGUACUGGAAUAAAUUCCGAAGUCAGAAGAAGCGAGGGAAUGGGCGGAGAAGAUGAAUCUUCAAGACAACUGUUUGUUGGUAAUUUACCUUACAGUGUCCGGUGGCAGGAUUUGAAGGAUUUGUUUCGGAAAGCCGGCAAUGUUGUUCGUGCUGAUGUGCAAAUGAACCAUGAGGGACGUUCUCGUGGCAAUGGUAUAGUGUUGAUGGAAACUGUACAGGAAGCUCAAAUGGCUAUUCGUAUGUUUGACAGUACGGACUUUAUGGGACGGAUGAUUGAGGUUCGUUUGGAUCGCUUUGCGCGAGGAGGCGGUCGUUCUGGAAUGGCAUUUUCUGGGCCACCUGCUGGAGCAUAUGGAGCAGGCCCUGCUGCCGCCGCUCCUUAUAUGGGACAGUAUGGGGGCCCUGCCGGAUACAAUGCCGGUCCAAAUGACUUUGUCGAUCGAGCAUAUGCGAAUGGCCCUCCCUCUCCAAUCAUUCAUAUUGGAAACCUUCCCUGGCUUACGGUUGAUCAAGAUUUGCUGGACUUGUUUAACUCAUUCGGUAAAAUUGAAAGAGCCGCUAUUGCCUAUGAGCCUAGCGGCCGUUCUCGCGGUUUUGGCGUUGUCCAAUUUCAAACAACGCCGGAGGCUGCUUCAGCUAUAGAAAAGUUAAAUGGUUAUGUUUACGGUAACAGACCCCUUCAAAUUUCAUAUGCUCGCUAUAACACACCGUAUUUCGCUCCUCCAACAUCAGAUGGGCCUGCCGCUGCUUCUAUGCCUUUGCCAACUGGUCCGCGGAUGGGUGCUGCAGCUGGCUAUACUCCGGCUGAUCUUUCUGCAGCUCCGACGGUGCCUUCCUUAUCUGCACUCCCUCGGGCGAAUUCGUUGCCAUUAGGCGCAUCGCCAACAGCUUCGACAUCCUCGUUGCCGUCAAUGGCCCCAGCACCAACGUCUACAACAACUUCGGCACCGUCAACAGCAUCUGCAGUUCCGUAUGCCGACCUUUUGACCAAAGUUCUUCCCCCUACGGAUGCGAGUGCUGCACUUGAGCUGUUAAAUUCCAUACAAAAACAACAACAGGAGCAACCCCGUGAUGAGGCCUCAAAAACUGAACCCUGAUUGCAUUGAACUCCGUUUCAUGCGUGCUUCAAUCAAUUGGGCUUCCUCCUUGAGAGCAUGAUGAGAAAAACACUAGGAAGGCAAAAGUCAUCAAACUCUAUGUCUUCAUAAAACGCAUUUCCUCUUUCAACACUGCGCUGUGACCCGGACAUAUUAUUUUCUAUGUACAAUUUUACGCAUAUGUAUUCCAAUCUUUUUCUGUUUUUAUAGGUUUUAUUUGUCUCUAUUAAUGGCAACCGUUCUGACCGUUUAAUUCGUUACAAGUCUUUGCUGUCUAUCUUCUUUCAAUGUUGAUGAAUGGAAAGGGACACUAUGGUUGAGCAAGCAUCACAAGUAUCGUAACGUUGUUGUAAAGCGGCUUCCUCAUUCGUUUUUUUUACAUUUUUUUAUACGUACAUAUAGCUGUUUCUGGCCCUAUUCUUCUACGAAGCUAACAGCUAAUACAAGUCAAUUGUAUGUGUACGUAUGUUGUAAUUUCAAGUUAAAUUAAACUAGUUGAUUGUUAUCCACGGAUAUUUGUUUGUCCUUAAGUUAAAGUUUUAGUAACAACUAAAUAAAUAUUAUGUACUUUCUGUUGCGAUGCAUUGGGACUGUGAAGUUCCUUAUAAGAUAUGAUAUACUUAUACGGCACAUCGCUGAGUGAGUUACCCGAUU